UCUGAAAUUCAUUUGGUCAAGUAGGAGCUUCUGUAAAACAGAUGAGGAGAGAACUUGUUAAUAACAAGACUUGCACUGCUCCUAUUUUAGAGCAACAAGUUUACUCUAGCAGCUGAGGUCCUCUUCCCUGUGGGUUUGGGCUCCACUGUCCUAGGGAACACCUUGAGGAAAACAAGUGUUGGUAGAGACCAGACCAAUGCUACAAGGCCAUCGGAGAGAGCAGUUGUGGAGUUCCUCCCUUGUCACACGGGAUUUUUAGCUGGUUUUGCAGCAGUGGCUGUGUUUCAUGGGGCAGAACCCUUGUGGAUAUUUGCCCUCCUGUCUCAGAGCUGCUGCCUUGCCUUCACCAAUCUAGAGCAAUUCAGUAACCCCAUGGCUGGGCAUUGGGAAGGGCCUGGCCUGUCAUGAAUGUGGUUUAUCAAAUGAGAAAGCCCAGGUUUUCAGAUGUCAUCCUGGCAACAAUUUUGGCUACCAAGUCAGAUAUGUGUGGCAAAAAGUUUGAAUUGAAGAUCGAUAAUGUUCGCUUUGUUGGCCAUCCCACCUUGCUCCAGCAUGCCCUCGGGCAGGUAUCCAAAACUGACCCCUCACCAAAGAGAGAGAUGCCCACCAUGAUUCUGUUCAAUGUGGUGUUUGCACUAAGGGCCAACGCGGACCCGUCCGUGAUCAGCUGCCUGCACAACCUGUCGCGCAGGAUCGCCAUCGUCCUGCAGCACGAGGAGCGCCGCUGCCAGUACCUCACCCGCGAGGCCAAGCUCAUCCUGGCCAUCCAGGACGAGGUGUCUGCCAUGUCAGAGGCCACAGAAGGGCCCCAGUCACCUUUUCAUCACAUCCUACCCAAGUGCAAACUGGCCAGAGAUCUCAAAGAGACAUAUGACAGUCUCUGCACGACAGGGGUGGUUCGUUUACACAUCAACAACUGGCUGGAAGUGAGUUUCUGCCUUCCUCACAAAAUCCACUAUGUUGCCACCAACUUCAUACCCCCAGAAGCAAUCGAGAGAAGUCUGAAAUCCAUCAGGCCUUACCAUGCCUUAUUACUUUUAAAUGAUGAGAAGUCAUUGCUUAAUGAGCUCCCGUUGGACUGCUCUCCUGCCCUGGUGAGAGUAAUUAAAACUACCUCUGCUGUGAAGAAUUUGCAGCAACUGGCUCAAGAUGCUGACUUGGCAUUGCUGCAGGUUUUCCAGCUUGCAGCACAUCUUGUUUACUGGGGCAAAGCAAUUAUUAUUUAUCCUCUUUGUGAAAACAAUGUCUACAUGCUUUCUCCAAAUGCCAGUGUCUGCCUGUACUCUCCCCUGGCAGAUGCCUUCUCCUGUCAGUUCCGGGGUCACAACCUGCCCUCCAUGCUGGCCAAGUUCUCCCUCCCCGUGUCCCUCUCCGAGUUCAAGAACCCGCUGGCGCCGCCCGUGCAGGAGACCCAGCUCAUCCAGAUGGUGAUCUGGAUGCUCCAGCACCGGCUCCUGAUCCAGCUCCACACCUACGUGUGCCUGAUGGUGCCCCCGAACGAGGAGGAGUUCCGAGCCCAGGAUGAGGACAUGCCCUUCACUGCCAGGGUUGGGGGACGAAGUUUGAGCACCCCCAACGCUCUCAGCUUUGGCUCUCCAACCAGUAGUGAUGACAUGACUCUGACAAGCCCUAGCAUGGAUAAUUCCAGUGCUGAGCUGAUACCUGGUGGGGACUCACCCCUAAAUAAGAGGAUGACAGAGAAUCUCCUGGCAAGCCUGCUGGAACACGAGCGGGAAGCCAUCCUGAACGUCCCAGCUGCCCAGAAUCCAGAGGAUCUCCGCAUGUUUGCAAGGCUGCUGCACUACUUCCGAGGUCGGCACCACUUGGAGGAGAUCAUGUACAACGAGAACAUGCGGCGCUCGCAGCUGCUGAUGCUGUUCGACAAGUUCCGCAGCGUGCUGGUGGUCACCAGCCACGAGGACCCCGUCAUCUCCGUGUUCCAGUCGCUCCUCAAGUGACUCUGCUGGCACAGAGGGAGGAGCCUGCCAUGCUCUCCACGCUGGGAGUCUAAAGGAUGCCUAAAACUGCAGGAGGUGGUUUCAGUUCCUGCUCGCCAUGUGACACACAGCACGCUGUCCCCAUCCUGCCUCGAUGUCCCAGCUGCUCCCCGAGGCGCCAGCGGCUGCUGCAGGACAGCAUGUCCUUGCUCAGCCUGGAUUCCUGUCCUGCCACACUCACAGCCCUUCCCUGGCCCUGCUGCUCCACAGGGAUCCUCAGAGUGGGACAAGAGGGUUCUGCUGUGAUGCUGCUGGCAGAACUUUGGGGGGACACUGGGAGUGCUUCCUGUGCUCUCCAGCAUGGCUGCUGGGACACUCAGCCAUGAGAGCCUGUCCCCAUGGCACAGCAUGCAUGGCCUUGCUCCAGGGCACAGGGGAAAUGACCCUUGGCACCCAGGAAUUCUGUUUGAUCUCACAGUAGUGAGGACAGGUGGGAAGGCAAAGUAUCACAAGUAAACAUGAAAUCAUGAAUGAGUGACUCA